AUGAAGAUCCAAGCUGCCAAGAUCGCACUCCUUUCCGCUCUUCUAGUUUGCUCCUACGUAGAAGGAGCUUCCAAUCUUCGUAAGCACAAUCAUGAGCAGUCACAGCCGCAAACAAGGAGGAGGAGGAGCCUUUCCUUGGUGGCUACCACCAUCAAUGCUGUCAUUGACUUCUUCAUGCCAAUUCUGAAUGGUUCCAUUCAAAUAGCACUCGGCAACGUUCCGCUUUCCGAUAUACAGCAAACUACGGAUUUAGGUCAAAUCGACUUUGGUUUUUGCCAAGCUGGCGGCUCUCUUUCCUAUUCUGUUGGACAACUCCAAGGUCUUCCAACCUUCGAGAUUGAGACGUUCGAACUUGUUCCCGGCACAGAGCGCUUUGAACUAAACUGGGGAGGACUAGGUGGAGCCACCUGGGACGGAACGUGGGUAGUAAGAGCAUCGUUUGAUAGGCUGGUGUCAGGAGCAUCUGCAACCAUCAGCGGUGAUGCAUGCUUGUUCGGUUUUGACGAGUCGGUGUCAGGGUCCAUUGCCAUGGCGAAUCCUGCAAUGAAUUUCCGCAUCCGAAUUGCGGGAGACAGUCCAAACCUCGCUCUGCUCGGAUCCUCCCUUGCGGAAUCUAUUGAGUUUCAGGAGGUGAGCAUCAGCUAUGACUCAAUAUCCCUGAACAUUGGUGCCUUUGGCGGUAAUGUUGAAUUUGACAUUGACGGUACAUUGGAGCAAGUCUUUUUUUCCAACUUGAAUACAGAUCCUAUCCAUUGA